GUUCCAGAUUCGGCCUCUACCUAGUCCACCCUGGGGUCCGCGGCGUCAAUAACAUCGCGGGCUACGCGAAUAAAAAUGCGGCUAUUUAAAAUCCUCGCCUCGCGACAAUGUGAGAGCCGCGACCGUUAACUGGGCCAGCAACGGCCGCUUUCCUCUAAUCAUGAGAGCCAGUCUGCUGCUCGCUAUUCUGCUCCCGACGUGGGCCGGCGCGGUCGUGUGCCCGCAGCACUGCAUAUGCAAGCAGGUCGGCGCCCAGGCCGAAUGGCUGCGCCUCAAGUGCGGCGACCGCCUGGAGGAGAUCAAGGACGUGGACGUCAACAAAGUCAGCGUGGAGCUCAUACAACUGGAUUUGAGCAAGAACGUCAUCUACGUCGUUCAGGCGGACGCGUUUGCGAAUCUGACAAAUCUCAGGCGGCUCGAUCUGUCGAGAAACAAGAUCAGUUCCGUGGGCGAGGGAUGUUUCAACGGCUUGGAGAACUUGGAGCGAUUGGAUCUGAGCCAGAAUCGGAUAUCGACGAUAGACAGCUAUGCGUUCAAGAAAUUACCGAAUCUCAAAAGGCUCGAUUUGUCGGGAAAUAAAAUUGCUACUCUGGCGCCGUCCUUAUUUCAUGAUUUGUUGGCCUUAGAUCAUUUGAAAUUAAACGGAAACAGUUUAACUACCUUGAAAGAGGGAACGUUUCACGGGCUCAAAAUGCUAAAACAGCUCGACUUGUCUACUAAUCCAUGGGAAUGUGACUGCAACCUAUAUUGGUUCAGUAAUUGGAUCUACAAUUCUUCAAUUAAAUUGAAUCCGACGCCCAAGUGCGUGUUGCCGGCAUUUGCCAAGGGGCAGUCCUUGAAGAAAAUGAGAUUCAUGGAGGAGCUUCAGUGUCAAUGGAUAUCGCCGACGAUUGAAAUUCGCCCGGUUCAAAACCAGGUGGUCUUCGCCGGAGAUUCGAUUACGUUGAAGUGCCGAGCGCCCAGCAUUACGGUAGACAAGACCGCCAAGUUGAGCUGGUUGUGGUAUCCUAACGCUUCCGCCGAGGUCGUGGAUUUAAACGCCUACAAGGAUCCGCGCGAGAACUUGCCCAACAUCAAGGUUGACAACAGGUAUCUUUCGGAUAGCGGCAUCGUGGACAGUGCUCUCAGCAUAGUCCCAAUCAAGGAGGAGCACAACGGUCAAUGGAAUUGUUUACUGGUUUCCGUAAACGGCAACAAAUCGAAGGCGCUCAGCGUUAUCGUAAUAUCCGAGCAUACGCGCUAUUGUCCUCUGACAGUUACGAGAGACAACAAGGGCAUUUACACGUGGCCGAAAACGAUAGUGGGCUGGAAAGCGGAGCUGCCGUGCGAGGGCAAUCGUCUGACGGGCAUGAUGCAGGCGCCCCUGAAAGCCUUUUAUCACUGCAACAUGAGCGGCCAGUGGGAAUAUCUAAAUACGGAAUCGUGCCCAUACAUAUCUCACACGACGAAGAUCUUGGAGCAAUUCUCGAAGGUUAAUCUAUCUCUGACGAAAAGCACUCUGCUGGAGACGGCUAAGAGAUUCAAAAAUUACACGGGAAACGGCUCGGUGAAGCUGACAGAUCCGGUCGAGGUGCACUUCAUCGUACGAACCAUAGAGAAUUACCUGAGCUUCUUGAUGGACGAGAAGGAGCUCGGAACCAUGCUGGUCGACAUCGUCAGUUCGAUGAUGAGACUGCCGAAGGAGAUGCUGAGGAGGGCGGAAAUACAUUUCAAGGCGUGCACGAGGCUGGUCAAAGCGGUCGAGCGUAUCGUGGAAUACGCACCGUCCAUACAGUCGCACAAAAAGUACAUGGCGCUCGAGGAGUUUCGAGUCAAGCGCGACAGCUUCGGCGGAUUAACGUGCACGUGGUACACAAGUGUCGCCACGAGUGCCGACUCGGACGCGAGGUUCCUGCACUGCACGACGAUCAACAGGACGACGCCGAUCAGCACGAAGGACAAGACGAUAGAGGCUUCCAUCCAGUUACCCGCCUCUUUGCUGCAGCACGCGCAAGACGGCGCGCUGGCUCAGCAGCUUAUGAUAUCUUUGUACAGCGACAGCAGAUUCUUCCCCAAGACGAUUGUCAACGACAGCAUGGACGUGUCGACGUGUAUCGUCGGCAGCAAAUUAAUUGGUACGUCAAUACGUAAUCUGUCCGAACCGGUUUACGUGAUGCUGAAGGCCCCGUUGUACUAUUACAACGGGAUGAGGCCGACACCCGUGGUGUGGGACGAAACGUUGAACAACGUGGGAGCAUGGACCAGCGAUGGAUGCCAAUUAAUCAAUCUACUGAAUAAUCUGAUAGUUUUUCAUUGCGACAGACUGGGAUAUUACGGACUUUUGCAGGAAGUUUCACAUCUGGACGGAAAUAGUUUGCACGGAGCGAAAUUUAGGUACUCGCAUCCCGCGAUAUACGUCGGAAGUUUCGUCAUGAUAACUUGCCUGAUGAUCAUGUCCGUGACGUACAUAAUCUCUUACACGUCUAUCACGAUGCCGAAGAAGGCGAAGCACUCAGUGAUCAACACCUGGUUUGCCAUGGCGCUGUUGUCGUUCCUGUACAGCAUCGGCAUCCAGCAAACGGAACACAUCGAGAUCUGUCAGGGGGUCGGCCUUGUUCUACAUUAUCUGUCGUUGUGUUGCCUCCUGUGGAUGGCGGUGUCCGCCAGUAACAUGCAUAAGAAACUAACGAAGCCAGGCCUCAAUGUAAUACCCGACGACGAGCUUCCGGAUCAGCCUAUACCCAAGCCCCUGUUAGGACUCUAUUUAGUCGGAUGGGGCGUGGCCUUGAUAAUCUGUGGGAUAUCCGGCGCGAUCAAUCUGCGCGAGUACGCCGGCUACUCCCAUUGCUUCCUCACGUCCGGGCCGGCGCUUGCCGCGCUCUUCAUACCGUCCGGGAUUCUUAUCGCGUACCUGCUAAUCUUCCUCCUGCUCAUCAGACGCGCGAUCCAGAACGUCGACACGAACGCGCAGUUGUCCGAGGGCACUCAGGCCACGGAGAAUAUGGACCUGGAGCUGUUGGAGCCGAAUGCGAAUCCCUCGGGGGACAGGAACAGCAUGCGUAGCACGCAAACGGUGUCCUCCGACAUCGAGGACCCGGAGCACUCGCAGUUUACGCAGUGGAAGGGCCAGGUCAUAAUGCUGGUGCUAUACCUCAUGUCCUGGGCCGGCGCGGUUGCGGUGACGAUCAAGCCGUUCGACUUUAUGCCGUUCGAGGAGACAGUGUUCGCCGUGAUCUACGCCAUCACCACGAGCUCGCUGGGUGUGUUCGUGCUGUUCUUCUACGGGAUCGCUCGUAACGACGUGCGCAGCCAGUGGCUGAAGAUGCGAUGCUGGCUGGAGAAGCGCAAGAACCGCUGCUGCCGCACCAGGAGCGUGUGCGACGCGAACGCCGCGAUCCCGACGCAGCCGCUGGUGCAAAAUUUCGUCCCACCGCUGUCCAACUCGCAGGCCACCCAGGCGAUUUCCGACACCAACUCCGUCGCUUCGUCGAGGAACACCAACCAGUCGCAGCAGAUCUACAACAGCUCCAAGCUCACGGACCUGACGGCCAAUCGAGAGAGCAUACCUGCCGUUCCCGUGAACACGAAAACGGCGAAUCUGAUAGUGAUGCAUCGCCAUCAGUAUCGCUCCAACAAUUCCGUCACCACGUAUACCGAGCCGUCGUCGGCCUGCGUCGAGAUGUUCUACAACCCCCAUCAGAGCGGUGUCGCCAGGAAGUUCUUCAAGAAGCAACGUAGACACGCGACCGCGAAGAAGAAUAAUCUCGGCCCGAGAAAGCAGGGCGACGGCGGGGCUACCAGCGAUGGCGGCAGCUGCGUCUCUAUACCUCGGCCCACUGCGAAGAUCAACAACAGCCUGGAACGCAGCAUCCUGAGCAGCAGCGCUAAAGUGAACAACACCAAUAUACACGUCGAGCUGAACCCUAUAAACGACGUCAAAAACGUGAAUAUAUUGUCGGACAGCGGCGGCAGCAUCUCCGAAGAGAGAAGCAUCCCGAUACGCUUCGUCAUCGGUCAGGAGAAUCUGAUGCACAGUAUCAAAAAGAUCAACAACAGCGCGCAGCAGGACGGUCCGUAUGUUAACGUCAUGUCCGGCGCGGCGAGAGAAACGCCGCAGCCGAGGAGAACGGCGCCCGACUCGGACGCGGACGUUUCGAAGACGGACGAGGAGUGGCACUUGCGGAACGUCUCCCAGCAGUGCAGUCUGGAGUACAGCUCCGAGAUGGACACCAUCACUCAGAUGACCAGCGAGCGGAGCGAUCACAAUCUGCCGGAGAUCUGCGAGACCGCGGAAACAACGUGGGAGGAGCGUUUCUCGAGGAAGAGGUGUCCCAGCGUGAACGAGGUCGAGGUCGUCGCCGAGGAGGGUGGCGCGUCGAGAGACGUGGGACGGUUGUAUCUCUCCAACAGCAUGUACUGCCUGCCGUUCGGGCGCGAGAAACUGCCGCUGGCGACCAGCUAUUGCAAUUCACUGAACGACAUCACGAGCGCUAAGUACCGCGAGUACUCGAAACCGUCGCUCGUAGAUGCGCCAAGCACAACCAGCUCGAAUCUAUGCGGGCGGGAGGUCCCCGAGUCGCGAGAAUCGUUCGACCGUUCACUCUUCGAGAUCAACAGCUUGACCAGUGACAAUCCGUGUAUGUUGACGCCGCACGCGGAGACCCCCUACACCUGUUCCCUGUCGAACAUCCAUUGUAUCUCCGACAAGAGUUUGGAGGAGAACAACUCUCGGGGGGAAGCACAACCGCCGAACGUGGAUCACAAUGUGUUUAACGCGCCCGAGUCGAAGGACCUUCCACUGGAGAAGAACUUGAGUUCUCUCGCUGAUAUUCCGUCAAUUAGUAGGUCUAGUUCGCGCGAUAUAAAUAAUCUCAAUUUGAUCGACGAAAUGAACGCGUGUGCGGAGCCUGCGAAGUCGAGUGAUAUACAGCAAUUCGAGGCUAACGAGAUCUAUAUAGAUGAGCCGAUAAGCCAUUUGCCAGUUAAGAAAGAAACGAGUGUUUAAUAUAUAAUGAUAUAUUAUAUGAUUUAUGUAUAAAUUAUAUAUAAUUUAUUAUAUA